AUGACUCUGGCGCUUCGCCCGCGUUGGCGGCCGCGCCUCCCUUUCCGGCCGCUGGCAGCCUCCGCGCUGCGUUUGGGCAUCCGGGGCGAAGCCGCGGGCGAAGCAGCCCGUGCACGGGAGCGGGAGGUGAACCUGGCAUGCCAAGCCUUGUCUGAGAGCUUGCGGUGUGGCGACCGCGCCUGGUUCGAGCGGGUGAUUCAGCAGCUGCGACAGGUGCUUCUGGAGCAGCAGAAUGAGACUGCUCUAUCAGAGGAGAGGCACAGAGAGGCGCGGCGGUCGUCCAUCACCAACCGAACGGUGAUGAGUGAAGAACUCGAAGAGCCUGCCUGGCUUCAAGCCCUGCGACUCUUGGAAGCAGCUGCCACACCGAGAAAGCCAUCGACGCCGUCAGCGAGCAGAUCGGCGGUGGGAUAUUUCCCGGCACCAGAGCCAUUGGAAGAGUUUUCCCAGCAACUUGAGCCGGAAGAACAGCUGAAAACAUAUUUGGACCAGUUCAAAGAAGAAGAACCUGCUUGGGCCAAAGCUAUCCGGAUUUUGGAGAAAGUCCCUGUGGGCCGUGAAAUCAGGGUCACGCAAACGGCUUCGGCAGCAUCUGGGAACCCAAGUGGAGCGGCAACACCACAAGGGAUGCUGCGCACACCUGCUGGCCAACCUGGGCACGAUCGGGGAAGGGAGGUUCGGAUGAAAUCCUACCAGGCGAUGUUGCACGAGCACGCCUUGCGGCAUGCGCAAACCGAGAGGUUGGAUGUGCGGUUGCAGCCCAGCGAGGAGAAGUCGGAGCUCAAGCAGGGGAAACUAUCCGGCCAAAGUCAGAGCUCACAGGACGACAAGAAUUCCACCAUACACAGCAUCCAGACGGAAGGACAAGGCUCUACUACCGAAGAGCUGGCCAGAAUCCGUGAGCAGUUCGGGCUCAACAAGCCCAAAAAACAAAGCUUCACUCCGAAGGAAGAUGAGGUACCCAAAUCACCAGAGCCGCUGCCCAAACCACCCUCUCCACCGACCGCGCCCUCGACCGCGAGCGAUGUGGGCAUCGGCCGGGGGCACCUGGUGGCCUCCCUGCCGAGCGACGGCGAGCUGGAGUCGGAGGACCUUGUGUGGUCGGAGCACGAAUUCAACGACGGGGACAAGGAGAACCGUCGGGUCUUGAAGAAGUUCACGAAGGAGAAUCCGAAGCUUCUGACUGCAGCUUUGGACUUAGCCUUGGCAUGUGUGAAGUGCUACGAACUCGACAAGGCCGACGCCAUCUACCGUCGAGUGCUGGGCGAAUGCCGCCGGCGUGGCAUGCCGUGGGAUGUGAAGUGCUUGCAGGACUUGGCCACGCUCCGCUGCAAGCAGCACCGCCAGGCCGAUGCCGCAGAGCUGCUGGAGGAGUUGGCCCAGAAGGCGGCGCCGCCCCACCCGGCGACCUUUAUCAAUCUCGGCACGGUUUACAACCAGCUCCGUCAAUAUGACAAAGCCGAAUCCUGGUUUCACCAAGCCGUGAACCUCAAAGGAGGAACACCUGAGCGUGAAGAUAUUUGGAAUUUGGCCAUUUGCAAGAAGAACAUGGGCCAAUAUGAGGAGGCGUUGCCCAUGUUCGAAGAAGUGCUGAGAGAGUUCCAAGUCCAUGAGCCUCACCAUCCAGUGACUAUCGCAAAAGUGCACAGUUCCUUGGGCGGUUGUCUCCACGAGAUGGGCCGUUACACUGCGGCGGCCGAGCAGUUUGACGAGGCCUAUUCGUUGUAUGCCAGCACAGUGGGGCGCCACUCGCCCCUCUUUGGCGGUGCGGCGGAGGGGAAGGCUAAAGCCUUGCAGAAGGCGGAGCGCUAUGAGGAGGCCUUUGAGGCGCUUUUGGAGGCCUUUGAGGUUCAUUCGCGUUGUGACUCUGUGCAUCCUACGCCGCUCUUCGAAUGCCUGGAAAUGGCCUUGACCCUCCAUGAGCAGCGCCCAAGCUUGGAGCUGCUGCGCUUUCAGCCUGCGAUCGAGGAUGGCAUGGCCAACUUGGAGCAAAGAGGGCAACAUCAGGAGAGGCCGCCACCCCUCGCAGAUCAUAUUACCAAGUCACUCAACUGA